AUGCCGCCAUACUUGAAAAUAUAUGACGGUGCAAUGGACCCGGAGGAUCAUGUGACCCACUAUGUCACUGCAGUGAAAGGCAACGAUCUUGCAAAAGAACAAGUAUCUUCCAUAUUGCUGAAGAAGUUUAGAGAGACCCUAACUGGCGGAGCCCUGACUUGGUACUCGCAAUUACCUGCACGCUCCAUAGAAACGUUCGAGGAAAUGGCCGACAAGUUCGUCAUCGCCCAUGUCGGGGCCGAGAAAGCGCAGGCAAGGGUGAAUGACAUAUUCGCCAUUAAGCAAUCACCUGGCGAAGGACUCAGGGACUUCCUCGCUCGGUUCAACCGUGUAAGAAUGACUCUUCCGAAUGUAUCUAAAGGAAUGGCGGUGGCCGCUUUCCAGAAUGGGCUGAGGAGAAGUGGGCCGCAGGUGACCAAAAAGUUUCUAGGUCGACUCAUGAAAUACCAUCCAACCACUUGGGACGAGAUACACAAUGCCUACUGUGUCGAGGUAACAGCUGAUGAGGAUGAUCUCAACGGGCCUACUCAACGCCUCACCUCGGUCCAAAUGGAGUCUAGGAUAGACCGAAGAAACUUCGGCAGAAGAGAUCUAGCAGGGUCACGGCCUAAUCGAAUAAGACAUCAGCCUUACGUCAGAGGCACUCUCAUGUCGCCUCCACGUCACGACGAAGGAGGUCGUGAACAUGCUUCACCAAGGGCACCUGAAAGAGUUGAUGAGCGAUCGAGGGAGGGCCAACUUCGCCUGAGGGCGAGAACAACAUCAGGGGCCGCCCAAACCAUCUUCCCAGUUCGGACCAUUCAAAUGAUCAUCGUAGGAGGCGACGACGCAUCCAUCAACAGCGUGAAGUUCACCACCACUCACAAGCUCAAGCGGUCAAUCACCCACGAAUGGUAUAACGAACUCUUAGAAAGUAUCAUCUUCGAUAAGUCGGAUACCCACGGUUUGGUCUUUCCUCACUAUGACGCCCUUGUCAUUACUUUACGUGUUUUUGAUAUUGAUGUAAGACGUAUCAUGGUCGAUGAUGGAAGUGGUGCGUGCAUCAUCCAUCCUCGAGUUCUCACCCAAAUGGAGCUCGAGGACAAGUGCCACGUCGCAUCACGCUAA